AUGUCCGUACACCCAGCAGCUUCUCACCCGCAACACCAACACCACCACCCCCUAUUCUGGUUCACCUCCCUCUUCAUCUUCCGCUACCUACGCCUCAUCGUACACCUAAUUUCCUUCUGGCUCUAUCGUCCCGCUCGCAUCCCCAUCCAUCCCAGCGUAACAUCUCGCGAUGUGACAGUAAUUCUCCCGACCGUGGAUCCCGAGAAUCGCGACUUUCGAGAAUGUAUUCAAUCGUGUUUGCGAAAUCGCCCCGCGGAGAUUCUGAUUGUGACGGCAGAAAUGGCUAACAAACGACAUCAGGUUGCCGUGGCGAUUCCGCAUGUGAGAACGGCAAUUACGCUGCUGCUCGAUGAUCAUGUCUUCUGGCCCUCGUCUCAUUUUUUGCAGACCGUGUUGGCCCCGUUUGAGGACCCGGCCGUCGGUGCGGUGGGGAUGAAUAAGCGCGUGAGACGGACGGAUGUGGGUUUCAAUAUUCGGUCGUUUUGGAAUAUGAUUGGCGCCAUUUAUUUAGAACGACAUAAUUUCGAAACUCGCGCGACGAACACGGUCGAUGGGGGCGUGUUCGUUAUUUCGGGGAGGACGUCGUUGCAUCGGACGGAAAUCUUGCAGAAUAAGGAGUUUUUGAGGGGGUUCAAGAAUGAGAUGUUUUUCUUUGGCUUGUGUGGACCGCUCAAUCCCGAUGAUGAUAAUUACAUUACGCGAUUCGAGGUCCGUCAGGGCUGGAAGAUUAAGAUCCAGUAUGGCCCCGAUGCAGUCAUCGAGACCACGCUGGGCACGUAUCCCAAAUUUCUGUCGCAGUGUCUGCGCUGGGUCCGGACGACAUGGCGGUCGAAUAGCUGCUCGCUGUUCACGGACCGUACGGUAUGGUUUCGGCAGCCUUGGUGCGUAUACGCUGUAUAUAUUACCUCAUUCUUCAACUUCGCCCUCUUCAAUGACCUCGGACUCGCCUACCUGCUCUGGGACUCUCCAUACGGCUCCCGACAGAACUUGUAUCUUCUCGCGGUGUGGAUCCUCGCAACCAAAAUGGUGAAGUUGUUUCCAUAUUUCCUUCGUCAUCCCGAAGAUUUGCGGAUGUUGUUGGGAUAUUUCGUAUUCGCCUACUUUCACUCUUUCGUCAAACUGUACGCGCUACUGACCUUUUGGAACUGUCAUUGGGGUGGAAGGGACCUGAAGAGCCUCAACGAAGCUGCUGAAGGCCAGAAGUAG